AUGGCUGCCUGCAUCGCCUUAUUCAGUGGCCUUUGCGGCUUCAGGAAAAAGACUCAGUCACAUGAAACAAUACAGACAGAGAACCAAUCAUCAUCUCCUCUAGAGACCAAAGAAAGAGAGCAAAUAAGCGAUGACUUGCAUAACAAGGAAAGAGAUGAUCAAGAUUCCAAUGCAUCUCAUGAUGACGAUCACACAGAAGCGAACCCUGAGCUUCCGUUGCCUCCAGCAAGAAAAGCGGCGUUACAAGAAACAUAUUCGUGUAACAACAUGGUGUUACAAAAAUCUAGGUCGACGAAGAAGAAACUGAGCGCGAGCCUAACGAUCCAAGUGUCGAGAACGUUGUCCAUAGCCAAGAAACGUGACGCAGAGGAGGAAAAAUCUGUGAGGAAGAAGAAACUCAAGGCAGAGAAAUCGAUGCUGGUACGUCCGAUAAUUCUUGGAGAUAAAUGUAGGGUUCUUGAUGGGGAAGAAGAAGCUGAUGAAGAUCACAGCCCAAGAUUAAUGCCAAAGAACAGAAUAUAUCGUCCUAGAUCCAUGAGCUCGGUCUCUAUUUCCAGAACCAACUCGAAAAUCGAUAUAAAUGUAAUUCCGGUAAAAGAAAAAACAGAAGAUUCGGUAUUAGAAAAAGAAGAAAAAUAA